ACAGAGAAUAAAGAGGAUACAGAGGAUAAAGGAGACAUUCUUCCAGAAGGUUCUAUUGGGGUCUGGACUGGAGAAGAAAUAAUUGAGAUUUAUCGGUAGAUAACAGAGAACAAUAGUGAAGAAUCUAAAAAUAAUCACGAGUUGAGGUCACAAUGAACUAUUCUGGAAAACAAUUGAGCGAAAUAGCGUGCGUACAGCGUACUUCAGAUAGAAUGGUUCAAGAAUGCGUAGUUGUCCCUGUCCCGACUUCGAGGUUUGAGGGUCAGAAGCCUGGAACCAGCGGGCUCAGGAAAACUGUCAAGGUUUUCCAGCAGAAGAAUUAUACUGAGAACUUUGUUCAAAGCAUUCUGUCCGCUAUGGGAUCCGGGCUUGAAGGAUCUACGCUAGUUGUAGGAGGAGACGGAAGAUUCUUCAUGACCGAAGCUACAGAUAUUAUUAUUAAAAUGUCUGCUGCUAACAAGGUGUCUAAACUUAUAGUUGGAAAAGGUGGAUUCCUAUCUACCCCUGCUGUAUCCAAUAUUAUCAGAAAGUACAAAGCUGAUGGAGGAUUUAUUCUUACUGCCAGUCAUAAUCCAGGUGGUCCAGAUGCUGAUUUUGGAAUAAAGUUUAACAUGUCAAACGGUGGACCUGCUCCUGAUGCUGCAACAAAUACAAUGUUUGAGAAUACUAAAUCUAUUCAAUCUUACAACAUCUGUCCUGAUCUACAGUGCGACUUCCACAGCAUUGGUGUUUACGAGUACAUGGUAGACGGAAAACCCUUUACAGUUCAGGUGAUUGAUCCCUGUGCAGACUACAUUGAACUCAUGAAAUCUAUCUUUGAUUUUGAUCAGAUCAAAGCUCUAGUUGGUGGAGAGGGGAAACUCAAGGUUUUGAUAAAUUCUCUUCAUGGUGCAACUGGUCCUUACGCUGAGAAGAUAUUCCUACAAGAGUUAGGAUGUCCGCCAUCAUCCUGUAUUAAAACUAAUGUUCUUCCUGACUUCGGAGGAGGUCAUCCUGAUCCCAACCUGACCUACGCAGCUGACCUCGUGGAGGCCAUGAGGAGUGGAGUUCACGGGUUUGGAGCUGCCUUCGACGGUGACGGAGAUAGAAACAUGAUCCUUGGACAGAACGCUUUCUUUGUAACUCCCUGCGACAGCCUGGCUGUACUAGCAAACAACCUGGAACAUAUCCCAUAUUUUAAGAAGAGUGGAGUAAAAGGAUUUGCUAGAUCUAUGCCGACUAGUGCUGCAGUUGAUAGAGUUGCUAAAAAGAAAGGUCUAGAAUGUUUUGAUACUCCGACUGGCUGGAAAUAUUUUGGUAACCUGCUGGAUGCUGGUAGAAUAUCCAUCUGUGGUGAGGAGAGCUUUGGUACUGGUAGUGACCAUGUCAGGGAGAAGGAUGGUAUCUGGGCAGCUUUAGCUUGGCUCCAGAUUCUAGCCUCUAAGAAUACUACAGUUGAAGAACUCCUGAAGGAACACUGGACCGAGUUUGGGAGAAACUUCUUCACAAGAUACGAUUACGAGGGGUGUGAAUCCAAACCUUGUGAACAGAUGAUGAAGAACCUUGAAGCUUAUAUAUCCGACCCUGCUAGUAUAGGAAAGGUUUACACUGCCCUUGGUAAAUCUUAUACAGUUUCAGCAGCUGACAACUUCAGUUAUAUUGACCCAGUAGAUGGUAGUACUGCUAGUAAACAAGGGAUCAGGAUUAUGUUCUCUGAUGGGAGUAGACUAGUGUUCAGAUUAUCAGGAACAGGAAGUAGUGGAGCAACUGUCAGGAUGUAUGUUGACAGCUAUGAGAAUUCUCCUGACAAACUAUUCGGUUCUGCUCAGGAGAUGUUGGCUCCAUGUGUGGAGGUUGGUCUAAUCAUAUCUCAGUUGAGAGAGUUAACUGGGAGACAGGAACCAACCGUUAUCACGUAGAUAUAUAAUUAUACUACAUCAUGUCAGUAGGUUAUGCAGUAGUCAAUAUAUUUAGCUAUCAUUCGUAUAACAACCACGUUCAUGCAAUAUUUGCUUAUAUCUUACAUGUUUUAUACGUUGUUCUUUUGAUUCUUGUUGAAAUUUUAUUUGUUACGCCUCCCAGAGCUUUUUACGUCCAAAAUGAUUUUUCCUAAACAUAGAGUACAGUUUCAGGAUUUUAAAAAGUUUUUGAAAUGUAACUUAAGUGACAUAAUAUUUUUAUUGAUAAUUUUUGAGUUUUAUAGUUUUCCAGUAGAUGUUAUUGUUUGUUGUUAAAUUUUUAACCUGGUGAUGGUGAUGAAAAUCAGGAUCUGUGAUCAGAUUUUAACAUUAUUUUAGAGCUUAUUUCUUACCCUGGCCUAGUCCUUGUUAUGCAUGUUUUUAAAGACAUGUAUAUAUAUAAAGAUAAUAUAUGAAUUGAAUAUGUAUAAUAUGUAUGAUGGAAAUAUGAUCUGAAAACUUCA